AUGCGCGUUUCACACGCACAAAACAAAGACAUCCGUCCCACUUGCAAUAUUUUUGUUUGGGGCGGGAUUAGUCACUGUAAAUUGACUCAACUCGCCCGCACUAUGCCAACCGCAUAAUCCGCCGUAAACCAGAAGCCAGUUGUAAGUGCCUAGCUGCAGAUCAUAAACAGCAGCACAGCGAAUAACACAAAGAGAUUUUAGACCCCAUAUGCCCAUUCACGCUGUGAUGGCCAAGCGCCUGCUGCCCCACCAACCAUCUUUUGAGGGGGACGCACCCGGUCCGGAUGAGUUGGACAGCCCAGCUAUUGAGGCAGCCGCCCUCGAUAUUCCACCGCCGGAAUCAGAUAAGGCGCUACAAAAGGGUGUCUGGGAGCGUCCAACAAUGAGUUCCGAGUACAAGCCGCCCACCGAUGGAAGCACCGUGCUUCGUUUUGACAUUCUGCUGGCUCACAUCAUGCCUCCCGAUGGCGAGGAUGUGAAGAUCAAGCGGUUUGUUGUCUACGAGCUCACUGUGAAACAGGAUAGUGCCACGGAGGACACUCAGCGCAAAAUCGAGCGUCGGUACACCGACUUUCGGGAGCUUUAUAUGGGCCUAAAACGACUUUAUCCUUUGGAGAUGGCCAACAAAUACUUUCCGGGUAAGGUUUUGAUGGGAAACUUCAAAUCUGAACUAAUUGGCGAACGGAGUGCGGCCUUCGAGACGUUCCUCACAUAUGUUGCGAGUCAAACGAAGCUCCGGGAUUCUGAGGACUUCUUACGUUUUCUACAACAUGAUGAACUGACCAGGGCUUGCCAGUUUUUGGAUGAGCGGCGGAACGAGAUGGCCAUACCCAUUUUGGAGAACUGUUUCAGGGUGCUUAACAAGAUAUACAUGAAUCGAUCGCGGCCAGUGCUCUUGAUACUCUGUCGACUGGUGGCGGCAUGUACCUCAUCCCCGGUGCCUCACCACGCAGCCGAGAGAUGGGCUCUGUUGGCACUAAGUCGUUUUGAGACCCUAUGCGAUAUUGACCUGCUGCCGCUCUACAUUCCCCUGCUACACACCUGCGCUCACCUAUGGUGGCAGCGCGGUCAAGACCAAAAGCCGAUCACGGAUCGUUUAACUGACAUGUCGAGGCAGGGCAUUAACACUGCUAACACCGAAAGCCUUAUGCAGGCCAUUCACAAGAUCGAUCCGCGCACUGAAACCAUAUGAAUCAGAAUCUCUACCAGGUUUAUUAGCAUAAGUUCGGCAUUUUGUUCUGUAGUGUUUAGCUCUCAAGCGUAAAGUGCAAUUAGAGAACGCGUGCAAUUAGUAUUAAGGUGAAAGGAGUAUUUAUCAACCUUUAAGGUAUCAGCAACUUUUAGCAGUGCUGCUCUCCAAAGUAGUUCAUUUUAAAAUUUUACGUAGGAGUUAAAGCCCUUAUUGUUGUCACAAAAACACAGCCAAAUUUAUUCCACAUAUACAUUUUUAAAUGUUCAGUUUCGUAUUUUAAAACUGUGAUUUUUAAAUUAAAAUGUUUUUAUUUGUUGAGCAACAAAUUCAUAAUCUCCAGAUCAUUAACAUAAAAUUGGCCUUUGUCUACAUAUAUACCUAAUACUAAUAUUGCGACUAAAUCAGAAAAUUAAUAUCCGUAACGUCCUACUUUGGUAACUUAUAGGUUAGUCUAAGCCUGUUUAUGUUUCAUAUUACGUAUUGUUUGAUAUCGUUGCAUCGUCUCUGUUGAUUGUACCCGAGAACAGUUUUUCCUCCAAGUAAAUCACAAAUGUAUUAAAGAAAGUCCAUGACGCACAGUCUGAAAAUCCAAGCCUAGAACUCCAUAUCAGCCUGAAAUAACACCAGACACAUCGACCGCAGCUCCCAGAGUUAUUUAUUCUUACAGCCCAAUGCCUUGUGAUUGCUUUUUUCAAUGAAUAAAUAUUAUACUCAAAUGUU